CUUCGAGAUAUGAACUGUUCCAACCUGAAUAAAGUUAUUGGGGCAUGUAUCGGUAAUGGGCCGGAUGCUCUCUUAAUUACUGAGUUUUGUUCAAAGGGAACGUUACAGGAUUUGUUGGGCAACUAUUCUUUUUCAUUAGAUUCACAGUUUAAAUUUUCUCUGGCUAUCGACAUUGCUCAGGGAAUGUUGUAUCUGUGUGAGAGUUCCAUUGGUUUCCAUGGAAAUUUAACUAGUUCAAUCUGUUUGAUUGAUAACCGAUUUUCAGUGAAAAUAACUGAUUAUGGUACACCUAGUUUAUUUAAUAAAGUCAAAAUAGAUUAUGAAUCACAGGAGUAUCAAAGAGAAUGUUUGUGGAAAGCCCCAGAGGUUUUAAGAUCAAUUGGUGCUAAUGGCAGUAAAGAAGGCGAUAUUUAUAGCUUUGGUAUUAUUUUAUAUGAAAUUUUCACACGAGAACAACCAUUUGCUGAUGAAACAGCUGAGCUCGGAAUUUCAGCUGUGAUCAGCAAGAUCAAGGAACACACACCACCGUAUUGUAGACCUGAAAUGAAAGACUGUAGCAAGCAAUCAGAGUUAGAGUCUCUCAUUAAACAUUGUUGGAGUGAAGUUCCUUCAGCUCGUCCACAUUUUUCUCAAGUAAAAAAGGUUUUGAAGGAACAAGCAGGUAAAUAUGGUGAAGGCACCAAUCUUCUCGAUAAUUUGUUAAGAAGGAUGGAACAAUAUGCUAACAACCUGGAGAAAUUGGUGGAAGAAAAAACAGAAGAACUCCUUGAAGAGAAAAAACGAUCUGAACAGUUACUUUACCAAAUUUUACCUAAAUCUGUAGCCGAAAGUUUAAAAAUCGGUCAACCAGUAGAACCAGAAGCAUUUGAUAGUGUUACUAUAUAUUUUAGUGAUAUUGUUGGUUUUACAGAAAUUUCAGCUAAAUCCUCGCCUCUUGAGGUAGUAAAUUUAUUAAACGAUCUCUAUGUAUGUUUUGAUGGAAUUAUUGAUAAAUUGAACGUAUAUAAGGUAGAAACUAUUGGAGAUGCCUAUAUGGUAGUGUCAGGGUUACCUAUAAGAUAUCCACAUCAUGGUAAAGAAAUAGCUACCAUGUCGCUUGCAAUCAGAAAAGCAAUCAGUUCGUUUAAAAUGCGACACUUACCCGACCACAGAAUAGAAAUCCGGAUUGGUCUUCAUACAGGACCGACUGUAGCUGGAGUGGUUGGGGUAAAGAUGCCAAGAUAUUGUCUAUUUGGUGAUACUGUAAACACAGCUUCAAGAAUGGAGUCGAAUGGGCAAGCAAUGAAGAUUCAUAUUAGUUCUGUGACAAAGUCUAAACUAGAAAGUUGUGAGUGUUUUGAUUUGAUCUCAAGAGGCGAAAUUAAUAUCAAGGGUAAAGGUGUAAUGGAAACGUAUUGGUUGGAACAAGGGGACUGAUGCACCAAGCUGUGUUUUUAUACCCAGUCAAGUAACCUAAUUUCGUGGAUUUCCGGAAAUGAUUAAUAAUUUACAUGAGCGACCUUGCGCGACCUCCGCAUUAGUUUGUUUCGAUAAACAUGGGUUUUCUGUACAAUGUCAGCUAAUAGAAUGAAUCCAGUAUUUUCAAGCAAGGUAAAAUGUACUAGUGUAAACUUUGACAAAUACAAAAUGGCGGAUUUCAGUUACUACCAAACGUCACCAUUUUUUAUCGGCCGAAUUUCCUUAUAAUCCAAAGCAGUAAUCGGAAUUCCAAGUGUCGUCUGCUAGAAUGUAGUCCAACGAAUAAAGUCACAUGAUCAGCUAGCGGAUUCCGUGUCAGCAGAAAAUUUCUAUGGAACACAAAGUGGAUCAUAUUCUUAUGUUGUUUCAGUGACUUUUAGCAAUAAAUCACGCUACGUAUCUUAUUUUGUCAGUCAUUAUUUUUUUUUAAAUCGUGGUUCUUUGAAGGAAUUGUCACUAGUUAUAAUGAAUUGAUAUUAAAGAUAAAUACUAAGAGAAGUUAAUUAUACCACCCGGUAUCCAUACAACGUGUUUUUCUAGACUUAUUUAUAGAUCGAACAUAGUACACGAAAAUAGGUGACGCAUUCUGCCGCCGUUGUCGAGUUGGUUGCUCAU